AUGAUCACCACCAGAAACACGACAACGACAAAGGGCCACGGGUUCAAGGGCUGGGAGCGCGAGCUGCUCCAGAGCUCAGAGGUCAAGCGCAAGGCCACUGUUGCGCAGCUGUAUUUCUUGGACUAUUAUUUCCAGCUGCUCGGGUACAUUUCGGCGCGCAAGGACCGGCGCACCAAGUUUGACGAGGACACGGCGGCGCGCCAUAUCAGCUCGUCCGAGUUUAACAAGGAGUUCAAGUCGUACUGCGGCAGAGAGCGUGUGUUGCUCCGCAAGCGGCGUGCCAAGCUGCGCCUCGACCAGUUUCAUAUCAUCGCGCAGGUCGGUCAGGGUGGGUAUGGUGAGGUGUAUCUGGCGCGUAAGCGCGAGACGGGUGAGGUGUGUGCGCUGAAGAAGAUGAAGAAGCGGACGCUCUCCAAGAUGGACGAGGUCCGUCAUGUCCUGGUAGAGCGCGACAUUCUUACGGCGACCAAGACUCCAUGGCUCGUUCGGCUCCUGUAUGCGUUCCAGGACUAUGAGCACGUGUACCUAGCCAUGGAGUAUGUCCCUGGAGGCGAUUUCCGAACGUUGUUGAACAACUCUGGAGUCUUGAAGGAGGAGCAUGCGAGGUUCUACAUUUGUGAGAUGUUCGUAUGUGUCAACGAGCUGCACAAGCUGGGGUAUAUCCAUCGUGAUCUCAAGCCCGAGAACUUCCUUGUUGAUGCCAGCGGACACGUCAAGUUGACCGAUUUCGGCCUUGCCACUGGUGCUCUCAACCCAAGAAGGAUAGAGUCGAUGAAGGUCAAGCUAGACAAGGUGAAAGACAACCAGGUGAUCAUCCGGUCGACACUUGAGCGACGCUCGCUCUACCGCUCGAUACGGAACGAGGACCCGCGGUACGCUGACUCGAUCGUCGGCUCGCCCGACUACAUGGCGCCCGAGGUGCUGCGCGGGAAGCCGUACACGUACUCGGUCGACUACUGGUCGCUCGGCUGCAUCUUCUUUGAGUUUCUCGCGGGCUUCCCGCCGUUCAGCGGCGGCACGCCCGAAGAAACGUGGACGAAUCUCAAGAACUGGACUAAGGUGCUGCGCAGGCCCGAGUACGAUAAGCCGGAGGACUUGAUCUUUAAUCUUUCGGACGUGGCUUGGGAUGCGGUUACGAGGCUGAUCGCGCACGCGAGCGCGCGCUUCUCGACGCUCUCGCAGGUGAUGAACCACCCCUUCUUCGAGGGCGUCUUCUGGCAGGACAUGCGGGCUGGGCACGCGCCCUUCGUGCCUGCGCUCGAUUCCGAGAUCGACACGGGCUACUACGACGAUUUCACGUCGCCCGAGGACAUGGCCAAGUAUGCGGAGGUCAAGGAGAAGCAGCGGAAUGUGGACAAGGUCAGGGAGAAGGAUGAUCCCCAGGCGAGGGGUGUGUGGGUCGGCUUUACGUUUGGCAAGAACGGGCCGGGGGUGAAGAUGCUGGAUGGGAUGGGGCAUGGGCAUGGGCAUGGUGGGGACGGGGCGGCGUUGGCGACUAUAUUUUAG